UCCUCACUCCUCUCUCUAUAUAUAAGGAUGCAAGAUAGCCUUUUGUUUUCAGGUCCUUUCAGUACACCCGUAUAUAGCCCAAGCGUCCUCCUCUAUUUCCAAAGGAAACACAAUUAAUUGGUCAGCCAAGAUGGUGAAGCAAAAAAUAGUCAUGAAGGUCACGAUGGAGGACUCAAAGAAGCGCUCGAAAGCCCUCAAGAGUGCUGUUGGAUCGCCUGGUGUAAUAUCUGCAUCAGUAGACGGGGACAAGAUCGUAGUGGAGGGCGAUGGAAUCGACUCAAUCGCACUGACAACAACGCUUAGGAAACGAAUGGGCUAUGUCGAGCUGGUUAGCGUUGCAGCAACGGACGAGAAGAAGGAAGAGAAGAAGGAAGAGGAGACCAAGCCAGUGGCCUGGCCGUAUCCCAUCCAAGUGGCGCCACCCUACGGAUAUCACCAACCCAACUACGAGCCUUCUUGCAACAUUAUGUAGGACGUGCCAACGGGGCAGCACUCCGGAUUUGGAAGAUGGACAACUCAAGUAUGCCCUGUGUGUAUCGAUUAACUUGGGAUCUGUGAUAACCGGGAACCAGGAGGACAUGGUUACUCUUUUUUUUUUUUAUUAUUAUUAUGAAGGUUAUGUGGGGUCCGAGUGUUGCUCUGGUAGGUUUCUCCCUUUUAUUUUAUUUUAUUUUUAUUUUUAAUUUUUUUUUGAGUGAUGGUUUGUCCCUUUAUGAAUGGCUAGAAUGCAAAAUGGCAAGUCUUGGACAAUAUUCUAGUAUCUUAGAUUUAAGACCAUCGUAGAUAUAUUGAUGGAUGACGAGGUUUAUUUUAAACGAACACCUAUUAAAUAUUAUUAAAGGAAAGAGAAGGUACAGAAGAGAGUAUGAC